UCCCAUUCCAUUUAGUUCCACAUAUUCAUUCUACUCUAUCCGAUCCGUGUUUGGAGUGUAUUUGGUGGAUACAGUCAACAGAUCCUCCUGGAUUUGGGAGAAAGGCCAGCUCAGGGCUUCCCCCAAGACUGCCAGAGCUAACAGAAAUGGCAACUUGCGGCUUCCUUCUUCUGUUUUCCUUGGCACUGGCUCCAUCCUUUGUUUAUGGAAAAGACACAGAAAGAGUUGCAGCAGCCAGCAACAUUCACACACGCAGGAAAAGAGAGUGGAUUUGGAAUAAACUGCAUGUCUUUGAAGAGUCCAACGCUACACUGCCACAAUAUAUUGGGACGAUCAAGUCAAACAUACAGAAUCACAAUGCUAUAUACGUUCUGGAGGGAGACGGUGCCGGCACUAUCUUCAAAGUCGAUGCCGUCACUGGAGAUAUUUCCGUGUACGAAAGGCUGGACCGAGAAAAGAAACAAGAGUAUUCACUGAAGGCUCUGAUUUUCGACCGCGUCACCAAGCAGCCAUUGGAGCCCCCAUCGACCUUCCACAUCGCAGUCUAUGACAUCAAUGACAAUGCCCCAAUCUUUGUUCAAAGAUUGUAUAAUGGCUCUGUCUCUGAAAUGUCACCAGUAGGAACUUCAGUCAUGAAAGUGACAGCUGUAGAUGCAGAUGAUCCGACCCUCCAUGGCCACGCUAACGUUUCCUACAGAGUUAUCCGGGGACAGGAAUUCUUCAAAAUAGAUGACUCAGGAAUAAUCAGCACAGCUUCACCUAAUUUGGACAGAGAACAAAAAGCAUCCUACGAUAUCAUCGUGGAAGCCAUAGAUGGCAAAGGUCUGAAGUCAGAAGAAUCGGGGACUGCUACAGUACACAUUAAAUUGGAUGAUAUCAAUGACAACUCUCCAACAUUUGAACAAAACACAUUCCUUUUUGAGGUAUCUGAAAAUAUCCCAGAAAGAGGUGAAGUGGGUAGGCUGAAGGUCAGAGACAUCGAUGAGCCACAGAACAGACAGACAAAAUAUAGUUUUGUGAGAGGAGCUUACCAAGACACCUUUGAAAUCAUCCCGAAUCCCAAUACAAAUGAAGGAAUAAUUAAAGCCAAGAAGCAAUUGGACUUCGAAAAAAUAUCCAGCUACAGGUUUGACAUUGAAGCAACUGAUGCUGACAUUCACCAUGUAUACACAAAACUGAAAGGGCCCAAAAGUAUUGCAAGCGUGACCAUCAACGUUAAAGAUGUUGAUGAACCUCCUGUCUUUUCCAAGUUGUCAUAUGUGUUUGAAGUACAAGAAGAAAGCACAGAUAAAAAUCCAAUCGGAUCUGUUCAUGCAGUUGAUCCUGACAGAGCAAAACGGCAAAUAAGAUACACUAUCAUAGGAUCCAGUGAUUUUGGAAUAAGCAACAGAGGAUUCAUCACUGCCAAGAAGCAACUGGACAGAGAAGAACAUUCCUGGCAUAAUAUAACUGUGGUGGCCAAUGAACUAGAUGGAAACCAAAUAGUGCCCCGAUUAGAAAGUAACGCCAAAGUUUACAUCAAAGUUCUCGAUAUAAAUGACAACGCACCAACACUUGAUCUGCCUGUGCAACCUGUUCAGGUCUGUGAGAAUGCUGCACCAGGGAAGGUGGUCACCCUGGUUUCUGCUACGGACGCUGACGAGUUGCCAGUAGACGUGAAAUUCAAAUAUGUCUUGGCUUCUGAAGACAGCAACUUCACUCUGAUCGACAAUCGUGAUAACACAGCGAAUGUCACCGUCAAAUACGGGCAGUUUGAUCGGAAGCUAGUCGAUAUCCAUGAGCUGCUUAUCGUCAUCUCUGACAAUGGCGUACCCCUGAAGAGCAGUACAAACACCCUGACCAUUGAGGUCUGCAAGUGUAACGAGGCGGGAGAGUUUUUGUGUGAAAGGGCAGAAAAACAGACCGGGGUCAGCAUUGGAGCAUUGUUGGCCAUCAUCUUUGUCUGCACCGUCAUGAUCAUUGUCGUUUUGCUGCUAAUAGCCUGGAAGAAGAGGCAUGAGAAAGAUCUGAACAUUCUCAAGAAGAAUGUGGCUGAGAUUCACGAGCAACUGGUGGCUUAUGAUGAAGAAGGCGGCGGUGAAAUGGACACCACAAGUUACGAUGUGUCAGUCCUCAACUCCGUCCGCCAGAGCGCCAUGACAUCACCUCGGAUCACCCUGAAGGACAGACCCUGUGUGUAUUCCCAGGUCCAAAAGCCACCAGGAAAUGGUCUUUCUGGCACUGGAGAAAUGGCCCUUGUGAUUGAAAUGAAAAAAGAUGAAGCCGACAACGAUGGGGAUUUGCUGCCAUACGACACUCUCCACCUCUAUGGUUACGAAGGCACCGAGUCCAUUGCCGAAUCUCUAAGCUCUUUGGGAUCAAGAUCUUCAGACUCGGAUAUCGAUUAUGAUUUUCUGAAUGACUGGGGUCCCAGGUUCAAAAUGCUAGCAGAGCUUUAUGGAUUGGAUCCCCAUGAAGAGCUCAUGUAUUGAGUUUGGUCAACAGCAAAUUUCCUUAUGCUGAAAGACUGCCAAUUCAGAAGGCAGAACAAGCAGGUCUUCAUGCAUUUUUAGAACUGGUUUGGGUGGCCGGGAUCUUAGAAAUGAAGCAUGAAAACCCGUGGCAUUGUGGGAGGAAAUGUUUCUCCUUGCAUGGAAAUCCAUUUAAAUCGGCAGCCUUGAUUUUCAUGUGCUUGGUGCUUGGGUUUCUCUACUCUGUGAGUAGCCCAGCGAGUUUUAUUGUCAGCCACAAUCCCUUAUCAAAUUCAUAGGAACAUAGGAAAUUGCCUCAUACUGAGUCAGAUCAUUAGUCCAUCUAGCUCAUUAUUGUCUACACAGGCUGGCAGCGGCUUCUCCAAGGUUACAGACAAGAGUCUCUCUCAGUCCUAUCUUGGAGAUGCCAGGGAGGGAAUUUGAGACUUCUGCACGCAAGCUCUUCCCAGGGUGGCCCCAUCCCCUAAGGGGAACAUGUUACAGUGCUCGCAUGUAGUCUCCCAUUCAAAUGCAAACCAGGGCAGACCUUGCUUAGCAAAAGGGACAGUUCAUGCUUGCUACCACAAAACCAGCUCUCCUCCCAUUCAGUGUUGCUGCAUCCCUGUGGCAGGUUCCCAAUUUACACAUGGAGAAAUGCUACUGAGAGACAGGAUUUUGCCAGCUAACCAAUUGCAGGUCAGUUUUGAAUCCAAGUACAGGCCUUUCAUAUCCAAACAAAAUAUUCUACCCACCCCAGGCCACCUCCUUACACACUCAUAUCCCCUUCCAUAUAUGCACAACCACCCCGCCAUUUGCUACUGAAGCAGAAAGGGGCAGAAAUAAAUUGACUAGCAAGCCAAAGGUUGCCAAUUUGAAUCCCCGCUUGUAUGUUUCCCAGACUAUGUUUCCCAGACUUUGGGAAACACCUAUACCGGGCAGCAACAAUAUAAGAAGAUGCUGAAAGGCAUCAUCUCAUCCUGUGCUGGAGAAGGUAAUGGUAAACCCCUUCGGUAUUCUACCAAAGACAACCACAGGGCUCUGUGGUUACCAGGAGUUGACACACUGACUCGAUGGCACAACUUUACCUUUAAUUUGCUGUCAUAGUUGCCCUCUUUGCCUGGGUUUCCCUGGCCCUUGUUUAUACCUCAGGCGUCCUGUAUUUCAGUAUUUAAAUCAGAGGUUCUCAAGCAGGGGUUCCCAGAAGUUGUUGGACUAAAACUCCCAUCAUCCCCAGCCACAGUGGUCAAAUGCCAUUGAGAACCCCUACACGACAGGAUCCUGUUAUGACUUUUGAAAAAGUGUGCCAUGUCUUAAGGCUCACAUGUAUGCCAAUGGCAACAUCAAGUGAUGACCUGACAUAAAUCCUGGGAGCGGGGUCUUCCACCGGGGUUUCUAGCUGACAGGCUUCAGGGCUUUAACCAACCUGUGCCAUCAACCCUUCAUUUUUCAGACGUAGGCUGUUUACAUUGAACUCUAGAUUUCAAGGCUGCUGACCCCCACCCCCCCAAGGGCCAGUCACCUUCCCCUAGGCCAGAGUUUCUCAAUGUGUGGGUCCCCAGAUGUAAUUGGACUUCAACUCCCAUAAUUCCAAACCAAAGGCCACUGGGGCUGGGGAUUAUGGGAGUUGAAGUCCAAUAACAUCUGGGGACCCACACGUUGAGAAACCCUGCCCUAGGCCCUAUAAAGCAACACAGCUUUCGUUUUGGACUAUGCUACCUGCCUCUGGUCCCAUCAUGUUGACAGGUAGCUUCCCCGCCUCUGAAAUUCAACAGCCAGUGGCCUAACCCUCACUAAAUCCCAACAUCUGCAUGUUUGAAUCCACCAUCAUACACACACACACACAACCCCCCGAAAUACUUAUUUUGCUUGCUAGAGGAAACAUACUAUGUUAUUUGGAGAACCAUGACUCUUGCCUAACCAAGAUUUUUUCCUUCAGUUGCUAGAAUCCCUGUCCCUUCAAUUAAAUCAGCUUCCACCACUAAAUACUUGAAGGAAGGAGAAUUUCCUGGCCUUAAGAUGGGAGGAAAGCUGGUCUUGUGGUAAAGGUUUCAACUCCUGGCGACCACAGAGCCCUGUGUUUUUCUUUUGGUAGAAUACAGGAGGGGUUUACCAUUGCUUCCUCUCGCACAGUAGGAGAUGAUGUCUUUCAGCAUCUUCCUUAGCGUUGCUGCCCGAUAGAGGUGUUUCCCAUAGUCUGGGAAAACAUACCAGCGGGGAUUCAAACCAGAAACCUUCUACUUGUUAGUCAAGCAUUUCCCCACUGUGCCACUUAAGGUAAAGUAAGCAUAAAUCUUCCCCUUUGCUAAGCAGGGUCCACCCUAAUUUGCAUUUGAAUGGGAGACUACACUGUAAGAUAUUCUCCUUAGGGGAUGGAGCUACUCUGGGACAAGCAGAAGUUCAAGGUUCCAAGUUCCCUCCCUGGCAGCAUCUCCUAGGUAGGGCUGAGAGAGUCUCCUACCUGUGACCUUGGAGAAGCCGCUGCCCACCAAUAUUAACGCUAGAUGGACAAAAGGUCUGGUUCAGUCUAAGGCAGCUUCCUAUGUACGUUUCACUUUGUUGCAAUAUGUUCAUUUCUUUUUUGCAUACAGGCUAAACUUUUAUUUGUAAAAGAAAAAAAGAUAAAAAGAAAACCAACUAUAGUUAAAGAAAUUCAAUUGCUUCAGGGAACUUUUCAUAGAAAAGCCUCAUGAACUGUGAAACUGCCUUUAUUCUUUUAUUCUUUUUCUCUCUCUCUUCCAAGUACUGUAAACAGAGGGGUAUUUGGCCCUUCCGAAUUGAAAUAGCAUAUCCAUUGCCAAUUUUGACUGUUCCAAAAGUAUAGCAGGCCCUUCCCAGAUGUCCAUGAUUCUUUUCCUAAUUUUGUACACUAUUAAAUAGCCAGAACCAACUCCAGGUUUCACAGGUGGGCCGCUUGAUUCACUUCACCAGAACACAAAGUCUGUGGGCACAGAGGUAGCUUUUUUAGGCAAGCAUCCAUAAACCACUUACUUUGGAGUAGCCCUGUUGGCUUCAGCAACAUCACAUCAGCAGAACCGUAAUCUUAUUCACUAACCUGCAAAAUCCAACCUGUGCCUAUCAAUAUGGUUCUACUACAGAAUGUAUUCCUUUAAAAAAAAAAAAAAAAACCUACUAAUAAAGAUAUUCCUAUGUGAUUAAUUAACGUUUGCGGUUUAACCAGCGGGAUUAACUAUAAUAUUAUUUAGAGCAAUUGUAAUGCUUUUUGUAAACGAUAGCCAGUUUUUGUUUUUUUAAUAUCCUAUGAUCCCUGUUUGUGUAAUCUGUUUAAAUUGAAGCUAUCCUGCCGGCCUUAAUUUCUAAUGUACAUCAAUGGUUUUUCCACAGGAUACUUUCAUUGUUUAUUUAUGUACUAUUUGUUGUUGUUUUAACCAACAUAAAAAUAUAAUUGCAUUUUU